UCACCAGUCCAUCUCACAACAGGCACACGCCGCCGCUGUGUGGCCGCUCACAUCGCACACACCUCCGGCUUCCUCCUCGCUGCCUACCCACUCUUGGCCCUCCGUGGUCGACCAUGACGGCCAAAAACAGAAAGCAGACGGGGAAGAGUGCAUCCUCGCAGGGCGACAAAGGCGACAAGAGCUCGCUGGUUCCUCCGGGAGGUAAAAGUGUCUCCAGGCGGACUGGGAGAGAUGGCAAAGCUCACGGCGGGGCUGCCUCGCACCAUAAUGGGCUGUCGGGCAUCAGGAACAAGCUGGGGCUGACUGGCAGCCGGGUGGCCGGCCUGGGAUUCACGCUUCUCCUCGCUAUUUUAAGCGGGUAUCUCCACUGGUGUCAUCUUGCACAGCUCUUUGAGAACGACCGACACUUCUCACACCUGUCCAACCUGGAGAAGGAGAUGGCUUUCCGGACAGAAAUGGGCUUGUACUACUCGUACUAUAAGACCAUCAUCGAGGCACCCUCCUUCCUGCAGGGCCUGCACAUGGUGAUGAAUGAUCGGCUGACAGAAUAUCCGCUGGUCAUUAACACCCUCAAGAGGUUCAAUCUCUACCCAGAGGUGGUUCUGGCCAGCUGGUACCGGAUGUACACUGGUGUCAUGGCUUACUUUGGCAUUCCUACCAAGAUGUGCUGGUCCAUCAAUAGAGGGGAAGGCCUGACGCCUGUGGACAGUUGUGAAGGCAUGGGUGACCCGGCCUACUUCUACGUGGCCUGUGUAUUCCUGCUGAACGGUGCCAUGCUGAGCCUUUUCUUCCUGUAUGGCGCCUACCUCAGCGGCAGCCGGCUGGGCGGCGUGGUUACCAUCGCGUGUUUUUUCUUCAAUCACGGCGAGAGCACUCGUGUGAUGUGGACUCCUCCUCUGAGGGAGAGCUUCGCCUACCCCUUCCUCAUCCUGCAGAUGUUGCUCCUCACCUUCAUCUUGAGAACCCGGAACCCGAGCAGGAUGGCCUUUGUUGCUCUUGGUGUCUCCACGUUGUGCUUCAUGCUGCCGUGGCAGUUUGCCCAGUUUGUGCUGCUCACUCAGGUCGCUUCCCUGUUUGCGUCCUACAUCCUGGGCUACCUUGGUGCUGCUAAGAUGCAGUCAGUGCUGGUCACUCAUAUGGUGACGCUGGCUGUCUGCUUCGUGCUGAUGUUUGGCAACUCCAUGCUCCUCACGUCCUUCUACGCCUCCUCGCUCGUCUCCAUCUGGGCUAUCGUCGCGUUGAGGGAUUGGUUCACUCGCGUCUUCAAAACGGGCCUCGUCUUCUGGAUCAUGCAGGCUUUGGUUUGGUUCGGCUCCACCGUUCUGCUCAAAUUCUUGCUGUCCACAAUUCUGGGUGCUUCGGAUGAUGCUCACAUCAGUGCCUUGAUCAAGUCUAAAUUCAGCAGCUACAAGGACUUCCACACGCUCAUGUACACAUGUGCUGCAGAGUUUGAUUUCAUGGAGUGGGAGACCCCUGCACGCUACUUGAAGACCUUGCUGCUGCCCGUCAACGUGUUGUUGGUUGUUCUGGUCGCAAAGACGACUGCACAAGAUGUCUUUCGCUUCCUCUGGGAUGGAAAGAAGGCGACCGCCGGGAAUGAGGAGGAGGAUAAAGCGGAGGAAGCUGCGAGAUGUGACACCACCAAAGCAGAAAUGGCGUACCACAGUCUGCAGCUGGUGGCGUUCACUGUCCUGGCCAUCCUCAUCAUGCGACUCAAGCUCUUCCUCACCCCCCACAUGUGCAUCAUGGCCUCGCUGAUCUGCUCCAGACAGUUGUUCAGCUGGCUCGGGGAGAAGGCGAAGCAAUGGACGGCCGUGGCCCUGGUGCUGGCCCUCAUGGCGGUGGAGGGCGUGGCCAACCUGCAGGCCCAGUGGGCCAUCAUAGGAGAGUUCAGCAACGUGCCUCAGGAGGAGCUGCUGGACUGGAUCCAGGAAAACACCAACUCUGACUCUGUGUUCGCUGGAGCCAUGCCCACCAUGGCCAGUGUCAAACUGUCCACUGCUCGCCCCAUCGUCAACCACCCUCACUAUGAAGAUGCUGGGCUGAGGGAGAGGACCAAGCUGGUGUAUUCCAUGUACAGCCGCAUGUCUGCAGACGUGGUGAAGAGCAAACUGGACAAGCUGGGAGUGGAUUACUUUGUUCUAGAAGAUUCCUGGUGCACCAGGAGGACCAGACCCGGCUGCAGCAUGCCAGAGAUCUGGGACGUUGAGGACCUCCAAAACGUGGGUAAAACUCCUCUUUGCACUCACAUGUCCAGGGACUCGUGGCCCCACUUUACCACAGUCUUUGCCAACCACAUCUACAAAGUCCUCAAAGUGAACAAGGACCAAAGAUAACAUCUUCCAUGCACACAAACACAUUUUUCAUGAUUCAGUACUCCCCACAUGCUGCAACAGCAGUACGUGCAAAGACAAGAAACAAGUCACCAGGCAUUCUCAGUCAUUUUGUAUUUAUUUGUGUGCUCAUUCGUACACAAAGAUGCUUUAUUUGUCGACCUAGUUCAGUUCCAGUUGGUCUUGGAAGUUGUGUUUUAUUUUUUCUGUUACAUCUCACAUUGCUAAGACAAAAUAAUGGUAGCAGUAUUUUACAUUUCAAUUGUAGCAGUUUAGGUUUUGGAAAAUAGACUUUUUUUUAUCAUGUAUGAAGCUAAAAUGAUGAAGAGUUAACCAGAAUGUGUGGAAGUGAGUAGUUGGACAAAUACACAAAGUCAGAAAUCUGUUAAAAAAAAUGUAUAAAGCUUUUUUAUGAAUGUUUUUAAUCCCUUUUUAGUGUGUUUAUCAUUCCGUUUGCUGUCUAUGCGUGUUGCACAUGUCUUUUUAUAAUGUUUGUAUUGAAAUAAAGAGUCUGAUUUCUCAAGAA